AUCGCGGCGGCCUGGCUCGCAUACGGCUCCUGAACAGUUGGGACUUGCUUGGAACCUAGAUCAGCAAGGGAGACGGCUUUUGGUCUCGCUUUUGGCAUUUGUCAGCUUGAGCUUUCCAGUUCCCUUUCAAUUUGAAAGACUUCUGUAGUGUGCUGUAGUUGAAAUCUCAGGUUGCACCUAUCAGCCAUGUCGAGAAACGGGACGCUUGAAGAUGCUCUCAAGUCCAUAUCCGAUUUCAACAAGCACCAUCAAGCGGAGGAGCGUCGAAAAGUCAAAGAGCGGCGGGUGCCUUCUUCCAAAGCACGGCUCAAGCAGAACAAUGCUUCCGAGUCCGAUGUCAGUGAAGCUGCAUUGAAGCAGGACAAUGUACGCAGGUCAAAGGACAAGAAAAAGCGGAGCAAGAAAAGGAGGAGUCGGAGAGAAGCUUUGGAUGAUGAUGAGUCCAGUUCGGAGGAGGACAGGCACGCCAAAAGGUCGCGAACAAAGGCCAGUAAGAAGGGGGACGGGGAGGAGGAUGAGGAGGAGGAUUCGGACGAUGAUCGGAGAAGGAGGAGGGAACGCCGGAAGAGGCGUAGGGAGAAAGAGCGGGAAGAUAGGAGUCGGCGGAAAGAAAAGCGCAGGCGGGCAAAGAGGGAUGCUUCCAGCUCAGCUUCAGAGUCGGACGAAUCGAGUGAAGAAAAUGCAGGAUUUGCUGAUAGAAGCGAUGCAGACGCUGUCAGGGCUGCAGAGAGUGUGUUGGACGGGUUCCCUUUGCUUCGGUCGGAACUUGUCCAGCUUCUCUCAACGCUUGACGCGGGCCAGGCUGUCGACAUCUCCUCAAUCCCUGACCCCAAGCUCAAGUCCCUACUCACAGACCUCUUCCUUGCCCUCGGCCUCCGCAAGUCCCCCUUGGGCCUGUAUCUCCUCCCCGAGGGGUCCCCCAAAACCCUCGAAACCCUGUCUCCCGUUCUGAGCCCGGAGCAGAAUGAGGUUGGUCCUUCUGAGCAGGGGGCUGAAGUUGCCCCUGUGCCUUCGAACCCCCCCUCAGUAGCUGGCUCAAAAGACCCCCCCGAAGAGCGGGCGGGCCCGUCGGAAGCCCCAGUCAUCGGUCCAGCUUUUCCCCCAAGAGAACCAGGCUUGGAAAAUGGGCUGCACGAGGGGGGGAAAGGGGCGCGGCUGGUAGUCGGUUCAGGAAUGCCGAAUGGUGGUGCAACGAGUGUUUCGGAAGAAGUUCCGGAGAGAGUGAAGAUUGGUCCAGCGGCCGGCCCGCCGCCAGGCCCCAAGAAAAGGGUAAUUGGGCCGGCGGCGCCUCCCCCGGAGGUCCUUCAAGCAGCCGCGAAGCUAACCGAAGCAGAAGAGGAGCUUAGGGCUGCCUACGACGAAGACGACGUGUUGAUUGGGCCGCCUCCCCCCGCCCUAGUUGCCGAGGCAGAGGACGCCCCAGAGAAGGAAAGGUUCGACGAGGUUCUACACAUCCUGGCGCCCACAACCCGGGACCCGUACACGCUUCUGCGCGUCAAAGCCGACGCGUCUGCGUCCGAGAUCAAGAAGCGGUACUGGAAGCUGUCGCUCCUAGUUCAUCCCGACAAGUGCACGCACCCGCAGGCCCAGAACGCCUUUACGGCCCUCAACAAGGCCUUCAAGGAAGUCGAGGACCCAGCAAAGCGAGCGAUCGUGGAUGCGAAAGUGGCGGAGAUCCAGCGCAAGGCGGAGUUUGCGGAGGAGAUGAAGGCGCUGCGUGAAGCGGCGGAGUGGCGCAAGCUGCGAGGCCAGUCUGAGCCCGGGGACGAGGAGCUGCUGGGGGCGGCUCCCGAGGAAGAGGCCCGGGACACGUGGAUGACGGAGCUGCCGCCAGAGCGACAGGCUGGCCCUGCGAUGCCAAUGCAGUCGACGUACUUCAGCACGAAGGAGGGCACGGGAAGGGGGGAUACGAGCGCCUGGACGGACAACCCCCAGCAGAAGGCCAAGAAGGAGGCGCAACAAUACCUGGAAGCGUACAGCCAGGCGGUGCUGGGCCCGUCCGUUGCGGACGCCCAGGCGGCCGAGAAGGCGUCCGCGACCGCCCAGAUCAUCGACAGCUACAACAGCAAGAAGCGCGCGCAGUCGUUGGUGGAGAAACAUCAGGAAGCAAUGCUGAAGGAGAAGCAGAACAAGAAGAAAAAGAAAAAGGAAGAAACGAUGAAGAAGGAAGAGUGGGAGGGGAGCCAUCCAUGGAAGCCGUGGGAUCGCGAGAAGGAUCUUGUGAUUGGAAAGACGGUUAAGCUCGAUAGGGACUCGUCUGCGACCGCGCUUGCGUCGCGGUUUGGGGCGAGCCGGCCUGAGGAGAGACGCUUCUUGUAGUCCUAACUAGAAAGACACUGACCUAUCGCCGGUCUGGCCGUGCAGUAGCUUCGAAGAGGGUGCCCGGUCUGGUCCAACGGCAUCCGAAGCCCGUUUGGCAGAUCGCGCUGAAGGGAGAGUGACACAAAUAUGUUCACGGCAUAUGCGACUGCAGUGCUUUCGCAUGCACCAGGCAAAUCUUGCACAAGCUACUUCUGGAUGACGUCGGAUCUAGAUGAUCAUCUCAUUGGAUUUUUCCGGCGCUAGACGCC